AUGAGUCAACUCCCGCUUCUACCAAAGCUUCUGCAUAAGGUAACGUUGGGAAGAUGAUAUGAAGGGCUCGCUUCUGUAACUUCUUCAGAUCUUCGCAUAGGUAAUUGGGUAAGGAGUCGUGGAAAACGGGACAAGCAUAUUCCAUCACAGGACGCACACAGCUAGGUCAGCACACACCGACUUAGACCAUGGGCGUCACAUUGGAACAUUUCAUCUGCAUUCUGCGCUAUCUCGAUUUUGAAUCAUUUUUCAACCGGUGAUCUGAAAAUGUUUGAUGGCGUAAAAUGUUUCGUUUUUGCGGAAAAGAUUUGUAUAGGAAAUUUAAUAGAAAUGUAUUAUUUAUAGUAUGAAAGUGGUUCGUACUCUUCAGUCUUCAUUGCUUGGUAACGUUGAUACGGAAAUGAGCUCUAGUGCUGUCACUUUGCCCAUUAUUCAAAAAAAGAUAAUUUGAAUACUGAAAGAUAGGAAGUAUCAGUAACCAUGCCAAAACGCCACCUGACAUAUGAAACCAUCGUUUCAGACGAGUCAGCUCAAAAUAACUUUGUUUUUAUUCGCCCACCGCUUAGGAAACACCGGCUAGGAAUCAAUAUCCCAUUAAAUAAAUAUAGCCAUUAAAAAUGCUGUGAUAUUUAGCGACUUUUGUGUUGAGCUUUGCUAAUGAGCUGCGUUAAUAGCUAUAAUAUAUCACAUGAAUCAGGCUUCCAUUUUGUCUCGACCAGAAACUGCUGACACCUGACAUCCUAAGAUUGAUUUAAUUAAAUAUUCAUCGUUCAGUGAUGACACGGUGCUAGACUUGACUAAUCCGUCAACUUUUCGCACACACAGGUUCAAAUAUUGACACGAGCUAAGCCAGAGUUUGCAGAAUUUCGCUUGCGAAAAGCAGAACGCGAGGCGUCACGGAACGAAGUGAAACUUUGCCUAAUGGCCGCCGGUAGUUUUGUGGUAGUGAGGCGGACAAUAUCGCAAACAAUUGUCCCGUAUAAAGACGUAGAAGAACGACUCUUGUUGAAGAGAUCAAAAUCAAAAAGUACAAGCCUUGGGUUUAGUUCAACAAACAAUGUUGCUCGAUGCGGCGUGGCAAAUACGCCAGACGCGAAGAGGACGCAGAAAGGUUUGAGCUUGGAACGCAGUCGCUCCGAAGUGUGUUUGCGUAGAAGGAGUACGUACGUUCGCGAUACGUCGCUGGAUGUUUUUGAGGAGCGGCGAGAAGGGGGUUUAGUGAAACCGGUAGUACGAAGACGGGAGAUCAAAAGAGUAAACACAGCAAGACCACAGUCGGAUUUCUUUCCCGAAUUUUCAAUCGAGAAAAAGAAGACAAUAAAAGUGGCAGGCAAGGACAAAGCAACUGACGUACAAGACGCUGGCAAGCGUUUGGGACGGUGUAUAGCUACAUUAAGACGAGAGAUGGUGAGUGAAUCAGUAUGUUUUUCAUUUCAAAUAAACCGCUAAUGAGCGUAUUUUUAUCGCACUUUAGUGAUUAUUGCUUAUGGUAUGAUACUGAUAAACUGAUAGCCAUCAUAACGUGACGAUUUCCGAAUAGGCUUAGCCCAUUUUCAUUACGAUUUACGGAUAAUAGGCAAGGGUAUUCAAAUAACUUGCGGUCGCUUUCGAUCACAUAGAGAUAGGUUUUAAACAUUUUACUCAUAUUUCAAUAAUUUCAGUGCUUUCUAUGUUAAUGCGCAAUUUUCUGCAUGUUUUCUUAUCGCAAGCGCGCAUCCUGAUAAUUAUGGCAUGGGAUACUGGUUCGGUAAUUCAAAGAAACUAUCCCUCAUUAAGGAAGUUUAAAUAAAGUAGGCUCAUGUAUGCUUGCUGAUCCAUUAUAUCCUGGGCAUUAAUUCCCAGUGUAGUGAUGCCAAUAUCACGAUCCUUGAGUCUUGAUAGUUGAAGGCGAUCUAAAAAAUAGCCUACUAACUUCGAAAAAACAUCGAAAUAUUUUCUAUACACGCUUAUGUUUGAGCCCAAAAAAGGUAAAAAAAACUUUGUAUUUAAAGACCGCAGUCUAUGCGACUAUAAUGUUAUAAGCUUUAGCCUUAGCCCUUAGGGCUUGCUAUAAUAUUUAGUGUAUUUACGGUUUAUUUCCAUAGCGCGGUAUAUUUCCUCUAAACUAGCAAGAAAAUACGAAAGUUAGCAUCUACAUAAAUGAUUGAUAUUUUACAAUUUGUCUUUAUUUUAUAUAUUGCGGAUACAUAUUUCGAACUAUAGUUUAUACAUAAGAUAUCCGAUUGUAUAUGUGACAUGCGACAAGGUGUUGGCAGGAAAUUACUGGAAAAUCAGUCCAAAAUAACGCCAAAGUGCGAUAUUUAUAGAUAGAAAGACAAUCUGUGUAGAAAGAUAAGAAGGAUUAUUUCAAGAACUGGUCAUGUUGUUAGUAUUCAUCCACGAAUACACGGCACAAUAAAAUGACGGCUUUCUGCUAUCAUACUUACAGUGUAUGUAUCAUUCUUUGACGCAAAGUUUUUGAUCUAAGGACUGAACGAUUAAUCGCUCAGUUUGUGCCGUUGCAACUUCGUUCCAGGGUCCCAGAUUUGUUGUCCUUCAUCGCCACUGUCACUGGGCAGUCUUCAAUUCAUUAGCAACUUCAUAUUCCCACUAGGUAACACUAAGUGGCUAGCUUUAUAUAUUGGCUGCACACCAUCUAUAGUCGAAAUGUAUCAAAAAUGUGCAAAGCAUUCCAACAUUGUUUCAAUGUAGUUCUAUGUGGGAACGGCCGGGAGGAAAGUAGAAAAUGCUGGACAUUAUCCCAACCCAAGUGGUACGGAAAGGGCAAGUACAUUGCUUGCCAAAAAUGACAUUGAAUUGUUUAAUUUUCUCUUUGUGUACAUUCCUACAUUACCGGCUAAUCUGCGGCACCUCUCUUCCACAGAGACUUUCUGUGCUUUCAAGUGCGUAUUGUGCAAGAUGAAAAGGCGCGCUAGAGAGCCUUUGCGAAGCAGAGAGCCGCACCACACAAAACCAAACCAUGCACGGUACUUUGGAAACGUCUUAGCAUGUUAAUGAACACACAAAAAUGAUAGACUUGAUAAUUAUAUUAAUGCUAUUUCCAUGGUCUUUACAGAGUAAAAUGAUCAAUUUGUGAUUGAUCGUUAGAAAGUUGUACUUUCAUAAUAUGAAUUUUGACAGCUUGUAUUUGCAUUAACAUUAUAACGAGGUUAUUGGUGCAGGCGUGCGAAUAUUUGCGCGCAUUCACGCAGAUUAGUUUAAUCUUUCAACGAAAGUUAUCCCUACACGAUCUACACAUGGACGCAGUAGUUGUGUUUGCUAGAAUUGUUCUUCAUUACUCCGACAAUUACGCUAGUGAAAUGAAACAAUAAUGUUCUGAGCUUAAUUAAUUACUGUCUACGCCCAGUCUGAUACUUUGCAUAUGGAAUGCAACAGAAAUUGAAAAUGACAAGGACUGUUGAUGUUCCGAAAUAGCAGAACUAUUAACCUGCCUUUAACCUUUGCGGCCUGAUCUCGGUUUCGUUUUGUUACAAAAUAAUGAUUUAGUAAUUUAUUUAAUCUUCAUUUUUCAAAUGUUUUCCAAAAUGUUCACCCCUCAGACGUGUUUAACUUUGUUUACAUUUCUAUAACGACACGUCAACUGCUGUUCACGAAACUAUCGUAUUUUCACAAGAAUGUGCACGAACGUUUUCAAUUUCUCAUUCAUUUUGAUGCCAGCACAUUUUAACUAUGUUGCGGUGCGCGCCCAAGCUAAGUGUUACGCCUGAAGAACAAAAACACCAUGUUGCAUGACAAAUGCGCGCCAAAUUAUGUUUACGAGUAUAAAAAUUAAUGAAGUUAAUCACGGGAUGUCCUCUGGCUCUGUUUGUUUAUUUUGGACAAAGACAGCAUUUCUUAAAAAAAAAAUAUUGAUAUAUAUAUAGAGAGUCGUGUGUUGAGGUCGCCGACUCGAUUAAUGGGUUCGCGGAUUAAUGUAUUAGUUAGUUAGUUGGUUAGUUAGUUUAACUAGCAUAAAUUAAUUCAUUCAUUUGAAAUAAUCCUAGAUGUCCUUACGCAAGCAAGACCAGGCACUUUUGAUACAGUUGACGUCACUGAACGAACAUAUACAAGAUCUCAAAGAAAUCGCCAGGGUGCAAGGGGGUAUAUAUGGAUCGCUUGAAGAUCAGGAUGACUCAAAACAACCAUUACCUUCAACAACCCCAACUUCUCCUAGUGGUCCUACCAUUGACCCCUCGUCGACGAAGGGGAAAAAUUCUGCAAGAAAAGAGCGAGAGAAAAAUGUCGAAACUACUAAAAAAGAGCGAGUGCAAAAAAUCGCGAAAACUGAACCGAGUACUACUGGCAAGCGGAUAAAUAAUGGCAUUCAAGGAUUACAAGAGACAUCGUUCGAGUACAUAGAAGUCCCUUGCGAUCCCUCCACUCCAAAGGCAACUCUUCCAAAGGCGACGGCAAAGCGCUCUCAGUCGACGACAAUUGCCGAUGUUUCACGCAAAAAGAUUUCGUCGCUACGAUUGGAAAGAAAAUCAUUGAGUUGCCAAUUUUUGGACUCCGCUCGGCGAGACGAAUAUACUACUAAAGGGAAGAAAAGCCUUUUUGCGGAAUCGCAUGAAACGUUGGCUUCUACGGGAGCAAGAAAAGCGCGUCCUUUGUCUCAAAUAGACGCAGAAAAAUCAAACGUAAACAACACGGAUACUAAGCAAAAGUCUCUAUCUUUAUCCCAGUUACGGCCAGUAACGAAGAAUAUCGAAGGUUCCACGAGUGAUAGCGAGUGCUCGACAUCGGGAUGUUACGGAGGCUCGUCGACAGGCAGUGACGUAGAAUUAGAGCGAAGUUAUUUCACUACGAGAGCCGGUACUAGUGAAAGUAACGAGAAACUGGAUAAACUCUUUGAACUAAAUAGUCUGAAUUUAAAACCAGUUGGGAGAAGGCAUCUCGCCAUCAGUGCCCAAGGACAAUUUCGCAAGAAAAUUGUUUCAGUUUGA